AAUCUGAAAGGCGGCAUGGAGAAACCAGCAGUCAGUCAACGGAAUGGGCCCAGGAGCACUCUACUGAGGACUGCUCACCCGCAACCAGAAAUUAUUCCCAACAUGAACAACCAAUCAGAAAAUUAUUAUCAUGGCGCACAGUUUGAAGCACUUAAGUCCGCCGGGGCCAUUGAAAUGCUCGGAGAUGGUUUGACAGGCGACGAUCUGGCAGCGAUACCGGAGCACUGGCUAUCGUACCCGGCGCCGCCCGCUAGUGCUCACACCGCACUGGCACUACUCUACAUUUUCUUUACUUUCGCCGCAUUAGUUGGAAAUGGAAUGGUCAUAUUCAUAUUCUCAACGACAAAAAGUUUACGAACAUCAAGCAAUUUCCUUAUCUUAAAUCUAGCUAUACUAGAUUUUAUAAUGAUGGCGAAAGCUCCUAUAUUCAUCUAUAAUAGCGCGAUGCGAGGCUUUGCGGUAGGCACAGUCGGUUGCCAAAUAUUCGCUUUGAUGGGCGCUUACAGCGGCAUCGGAGCUGGCAUGACUAACGCAUGCAUCGCUUAUGAUAGACACUCAACUAUUACGCGACCUCUCGAUGGAAGAUUGUCGAAAGGCAAGGUCUUACUCAUGGUGGCCUUUGUGUGGAUAUACUCUACACCUUGGGCUCUCCUUCCACUCUUGAAAAUUUGGGGCAGAUACGUACCUGAGGGCUACCUAACAUCGUGUUCUUUCGACUACCUAACCAACACGUUCGACACGAAGCUGUUCGUAGCGUGUAUAUUCACUUGCAGUUACGUUUUCCCAAUGUCCUUAAUAAUAUAUUUCUACAGUGGCAUCGUCAAGCAGGUGUUUGCUCACGAAGCAGCUUUGAGGGAACAAGCUAAAAAGAUGAAUGUAGAAUCUCUAAGAGCUAAUCAGGGCGGUGCAUCAGAGUCGGCAGAGAUCAGAAUAGCAAAAGCAGCACUCACUGUUUGCUUUCUGUUCGUGGCCUCGUGGACACCCUACGGCGUUAUGGCUCUCAUAGGCGCGUUUGGAAAUCAACAACUUCUUACUCCUGGGGUUACGAUGAUUCCUGCAGUGGCGUGUAAAGCUGUAGCGUGUAUUGAUCCUUGGGUAUACGCAAUCAGUCAUCCUAAGUACAGGCAAGAGCUGCAACGUCGCAUGCCGUGGUUACAAAUUGAUGAGCCCGAUGACACUGUCUCGACGGCGACCAGCAACACUACCAACAGCGCGCCACCAGCUGCCACCGCCUAAGUUCUCUAUGCUCAAAAGGGAUGACAUAUACUCACUACAUAUACAUGUAUUUAUUCAUUGUGAUUUUAACGACAACUAUGGCUAUGCUGAAGGACUUUUGAUGUUAAAUUACUGUAGAAUUUAUUAAAGAAGCAUAAAGUGUCACAGAACACCUCAA